CACAUCUGUUCGCCGCUUGUCUUCUUCGUGAUUCAUUUUCCCUGCCCUGCAAAGAAAAGUAAAGAACGUAAAAAAUGGCAAAGAACACCUCGAGCAGUGCGUUCCGUAAAAUCGAUGUGGAUCAGUACAAUGAGGACAACUUCAGGGAGGACGACGGCGUGGACAGCGCCGCAGUCGGGCCGGACGAGACCGAAAUCACAACGCUAUUGACGCAGGGAAAGGUGGUCGAGGCGUUGCUCAGUGCUCUCCAGAACGCUCCGUUGCGCUGUAAAAACCAGAUUGUGAAGGACCACGCCCUGAACAUUACGCUGCGGGUGCUCUUAUCAAUCAAGUCCACACAAAUCGACCAGGCCAUUGAUACGGUUGACCAGAACGAUCUGAUCGAUGUGCUGAUGAAGUACAUAUACCGCGGCUUCGAAAUACCCUCGGAGGGCUCCAGCGGGCAUCUGUUGCAGUGGCACGAGAAGGCGUUCGCCAAGGGGGGCGUGGGCUGCAUAGUCCGUGUGCUCUCCGACACGAACCGCGCCUAAGGGCGCCCAGCAGCCGCAACAGCAGGAAAACCAAAGGCUGGCUCUGGCUUCAUUCCCCUAUUUAUACGACCCAAAAACACAUACACGAACACACAGCGCGGAGCAUUUAAUCAACGCAACGUUUAGUCAUAACUGGAACGCGGGCCGCAACUGCCGCACCAGCGUAUCGCACCGUGGACACCCACUAUAGGAUGCCGUCAAGGAAAUGCCACACCUGAGCUGAGCCCCCCUAUCAUUUUGCCGCAAUACAAAUGACGUUUUCCAAAUUAGAUUUUAACUGGUAUUCAAGUAUUAAAGAUUUUAUUAUAAAAGAUGAAA